CAAUGAAGGGGUAAAGGGAUCCAUGGGGGGGAUAAAGUGACCCAAUGAAGGAGUAAAGGGACCCAUGGGGGGGUGCAGGGACCUAGAGGCAUGCAGGGGCCCCUGUCUGUGGGCUCAGAAGGGCUCCCCCUGCCCACCCCCACCCCCAGUGACCCUCAGGAGCGGGGAGUGCCCAUGUGUGAGGCGGGGGAGUCGGUGCUGGAGCGGGGCUGGCUCCUGGCCCCCUCCGGCCGCCCCUACCUGGCCUCCAUCCUCCGCAAGAACCAGCGCCGUGUCUUUGGUCUGCUGGAGCGCCCCGUGCUGCCCCCCGCCCUCACCGUCCCCUUCGUCCCCUACAAACUCUUCGUCUGCGGCAAGAGCGGCAUUGGCAAGACGGCUUUGGUGGCCACCCUGGCCGGGACCCCCGCGCCCACCGCCCACCACGAGACCCUGGGUAUAGAAGUCACCACCGUCUACUGGCCGGCCAAGCUGCGAGCCACCGGCCGCCCCGUCAUCUUCCAGCUCGAGUUUUGGGACUGCGGGGACGGGGCGUUGAGGAAAUUCGAGUACCUGCUGCCCGACUGUAAGGAAGAAGCGGACGCCAUCCUCUUCCUCUUCUCCUUCACUGACCGCUUGUCCUUCGAGGAGCUGCCGGCCCAGAUGAGCCGAGUGGUGGGACCUGACGAAGAAAACCUCAUUAAGGUUGUCAUCGGCACCAAAUUUGACCUGGUCACACAGGCGGCGGUGCCAGAAGCGGCGGUGGUGGCGUUCGAGGAGGCGCAGGGGGUGCCGGUGCUGCGGGCAGGCAACGGGCCGGGGGCCGGCAUGGGGCGCGCGGGGGUGGCGAGGGUCGCCCCGAUUCUCGACACUUUGGCCGAGAGGCUCUGGCGCCACGACCAGGUCCGCGCUGGCGUCGCCGAGGACCCCCCCCAGGCCUGAACCCCAACUUGUGGGUGGGUUUAGGGGGGCCCUCACCCCAGCCUCGGGCCUCCCGCUGCUUCUGGACCAAAAUCCAUAGGU